AGCAAAAUAGCUAUACCAAGCGUUAAAAUGUUUUAUAAGUGAUAAUCUUUUCAUUGUACAGAUCUCUGUCAAUUUUUUCCACAAUGUUUCAGCCCUCAGUGUUUUUUCCGGAAGUGGCCCCAAUGCAAUGUAGUAUGAAAGAGGAGUAUGAAGACGUUACUCUCACAGAGUGCGGAGUGAAAAUAGAGGAGUACGAAACCAGCGUAGAUAUGAGAGUGGAAGGUAUUACAGUGCAACUGAAAGAUGAAGUAGAUGACCAGAGUAUAUCAGAGGAAACACGAAAAGAUGCAGAGAUCAAUGAGGAAGCCAUUAAUCAAAACGUUCAGACAGUUAUCUUUUCAGCCGAGGCAACAAAUCAAGAGAGGAAUACUAGAAAGAUCUACUACUGCUCUCAAUGUGACAAAACUUUUGCUAGGCUACAGUUUUUAAAAACUCACCUAAGAAGACAUACUGGAGAGAAGCCUUACGUUUGCUCACAGUGUGGCAAGACUUUCUCUCAUCAAGCUACAUUAACAGGUCAUCUGAGAACCCAUACAGGAGAAAAGCCCUAUCACUGCUCUCAGUGUGGGAAGAGUUUUGCCCUUUCAGGAUCAUUAAAGCUGCAUGAAAGAAUACACACUGGAGAGAAGCCUUUCAAUUGCUUUCAGUGUGGAAAGAGUUUUUCUAGACAUGAAUUUUUAAAAAAACAUCAAAGAAUGCAUUCAGGAGAGAAGCCUUUUUGUUGUUCUCAGUGUGGGAAAAGGUUUUCACAUCCAAGCUCACUGAAAGAUCAUGAAGGAAUGCACACUGGACUGAAGCCUUACAGCUGUUCUGAAUGUGGGAGAAAGUUUUCUCACCCGAGUUCACUAAAGGUUCAUGAAAGGAUCCAUACUGGUGAGAGGCCAUACCACUGCUCUCAGUGUGGGAAAAGCUUUUCUCACCUUACAUCACUGAAAAUCCAUGUGAGAAUCCAUACCGGAGAGAAACCCUAUCAUUGCUCUCAGUGUGGGAAGAGUUUUUCUCAUGCAGGCCUUCUGAAAGGCCACCAGAGAGUGCAUACUGGAGAAAAACCCUAUCAUUGCUCUCAGUGUGGGAAAAGUUUUUCUCAGUCAAGUGCUUUAAAAGUCCAUCAGAGGAGCCAUACUGGAGAGAAGCCUUACCAGUGCUCUCAGUGUGAGAAGAAUUUUUCUCAUCCGGGUUCCUUAAAAGUUCACCAGAGAAAACAUACUGGAGAGAGGCCCUACCAAUGUGAUCAGUGUGGGAAGAGCUUUUUCAGAUCAGGAUACUUAAAAGUACAUCAGAGAAUACAUAAUGGAGAUAAAUGAUUUCAUACUGAUGACUGACUAAUUAUUAUAUUAAAUAUAGAUACUUUUAUUUAUGACUGCUUUUAUUUUAUUGACUGCUGUAAAAAAUAAUGGCAAUAAUUAAAUUUGAUUGGUCUUUUUUCAGUAGUUGAUUUGGUAAGUUUUUUUUUUUUUCUUUAUCAGUAUCACAUAGAAUCACUACCACAAAAUUGAGUGCUGUAGGAUAUUUAGAAUAAAAAAUCACUACAUUCUACCAUUAUUCAUUAUGAAUGUUGUUAUGAAAAUAUAUGCAUGAUUUUACUUUUAUUUAACAAACUCUUAGAGCUGUUAGCUGCAAUGUUGUUACAGAAAAAAUCACAGUAUAUUAUACAAUGAAGAAAAGGUUACUUCUCUGGUGGUUAAAAAAAAAAUCAGGUAUGAAUUUCCCCCUCUAAUACAGCAUAUUUGUGGUGCAAUAUCCAAUUAAUAUCCAAGGAGCUAUAUUUGUUUUCAUAAACAAAUUAGUUAAAAGUGAAGCAAAUAUAAUUUUACUUAAAUCAACUUUUGUAAAGUUGGAAUGCCCUAGCCAACAAAUGCCAUGUGCAAAACUGGAAAUGAGAAACAGCAAGAUGUAGCUAUAUGAAUAAAAAUAUGUUAAGACUCAUCAUUCAAUACAAAGUAAUUUUAGUGUAUUCACAUAAAGUUUUAUAUACUAACAAAUCCUCUUCCAGACAUUAAGCAUAAGAUUGAAGAAAUUUAUGCCUUAAAUUACCAGUGGUAUUCCAUUCCAUUCCCGGUACAUGUCAAAAGUAUGCAGAUUAUAAAACAACAAAAAAGUAAUCUGAUUUUUAGUUAAAGCCUGUGUCUCCAUACUUGGGAUGCAACUUUCUUAAUUUCUUAAGAGAACAUGUAGAACUGCUUUUUGAAUCGGGGGCCUUAGUCAGCAUCUUUUGACUAGAGUAUUGGCUCUAUUCAUAUUCUACCACAAUAUAAAUCUGUGCUCUGAGAUGUUGGAGACCAGAUCUCAUUUUGAUAUUGAAGGAGACACCUGGAAAAUGUUUGUACAGCAGAGAGAAAAGGACAUUUGGUUUAUGAGGCACUUAAUCAAAAAUCCAGUUGUUUUUUUUAUAUCUCCAACCUUAUAGAAAUGUUCCAUUGAUGUGAUGCAUUUCAUAAUAAGGGUGCAUAGUGGUGUUGUGCAAUGGGAUUAAAGUGGGCCUGGGGUGGGUAUUAGGUGCUAGGGGACAUUCCUGAAUGGUAAUAAUGGAAGUUGAACAACUAGAAAUUAAAAAGCUAACAUUUAUUACAGGUUAAUAAACUUGUUAUAUCAAGCUAAAUGUUGAGAAUAUGAAAAAGCUUAUUUGGUUCUGUAUUAACUAUGCACAUCAACAAUUAAAUGAAUGUAUUAGUCAUGGAAUUAUUAAUAAAGCAAAGUUUUCUACAUGACAGACAUUUUUGCUCAUUGUCAAGGGUGGCAAUUUAUGUUUAACCAUUUCCUUUUAUCAAAAGUUAGUUUCUGACUUAUUGGAUGUUGUCUUUUGUUGGAUGGAUAUUUGUAGCAUAAGGAACACUCAACUCACAAUGGUGUGAUUAACAUUUUCUACUGUCUAAAUUAUGUAUGGACCAACCAGUGAUCAGAAUGCAGUAGAGGCUGACAAACUGCAUGGCAUCAUAGAUGCGAUAAACUAUAAUUGUACCCCUUUAACAUGUACCUGUAAAGGUGGUGUGCUUGGUAAAUUGCCAGUGAACUCAGGUACAAGUUAAGUGUUUCUAGCACAGAGGCCAGUGAGUGUACUCUACACAGUUGUACAUUUAACAAGCUUUGUUUAAUACUUGGUUUGUUGUAUGUUUAUAACUAAGCUUCAUUUGGGUGCAGGCUUCAUUUUGGUCUCUGUAGAUUUGCAGAUUCAUGUUGAACACAGCAGUAAAUGUGAGCUCUGGAAUACCAUUCUAUCCCUUACAAAUAAUUUUAUUUUUCUUUACCAUUUGUUU